GGCGACCAUCGUCGACGAUCGUGUCGGACACGAAGACGGCCGUGCUGGAUACGAUGGCGGUCGUGUUCGACACGACGACGACCGUGUUCGACACAACGUCGGCCACGACGACGGCUGUGCACGACAACGAGCCGGACACGACGACGAGCGUGUUCGACACGAUGACGGCCGUGUUCGACACGAUGGCGAUCGUGUUCGACCCGACGACGAUCGUGUUCGACACGACAACUAGGGUGUUCGACACGACAAGGAUCGUGUUCGACACAACGACCAUCAUGUUCGACACGACGAUGACCGUGUCGGACACGACGACCAUCGUGUUUGACACAACGACCAGCGUGUCGGACACGACAAUAAUCGUGUUCAACACGGCAACCAUCGUGUUUGACACAUCGACGACCGUGUCGACCAUCGUGUUCGACACGACGAUGACUGCGGUGAAAGUGUUCGAGAAAACUAGUUGACGUCACCGAUAAACCAGCACUGGACAC